CCGGACUCUGGAUUAAGUGUGCUCGCUUUGAUGGGAGCAGAGACUGUGUGAUAUACGACCCGCAGUGGUACACGGCUGUUGAUCAACUGGAUUUGCGCGUUCUUCAGUUUGCCCUUCCACUGAAUGAUUCCGUGGCCAGACUGCAGGAUCCAGGCCAGAAUCUGGUCAGUCCCACAGCAGAGGCAAAGUAACAGUGUGACAUGAAGAAGAGCAUGGUGCUUUGUCUCAGAGCCAACACCUUAUCUUUUCCCUUGGGUAAGUUCUGCUGCUUGCUCAGCCAUUGCUCACCCAAUGCAACUUGCCAAUGCAGCUGAAAAUGUCAUCUGUUCGGAAUUAAUUGUCUCCAAGAUUGGUAAGCUUUGCUUUGUACGUGUUGGUGAUGCACAAGGAGGGCAGUGGUAGCAUUAGCUGUCCUCUUUCCCUCUCAUAUGCCAGCUGUGCUGCCAGCUGGAGAAUAUGCUGCUGCCUUACAGGUGAGAGUUGUUUGGGCAUCCCAGGGGCUUGUGGCAGUGCAGGACUACAGGAAUGGCUCGUCAGGUUUCUCUUUCAUCAUGCACUGCUUCUGCCAGCCCCAGCUCAGCAGCACUGUGGGGAUUCAGUAUGUAAGUACAAACUGAGUAUUAGAAAUGCUGAUGCCGUACUGCAAGUUCACGAAACAGUCCGGAUUAUUAUAAUGAUAUGAUGAGUCUUGCUGCUAAUUCCUCCGUAGGCUUCUAGUAUUUUAAACUGGCACUCCAGUAAGCUUGAUCUGUUUGGGAAAGUAUUGUUUGUAUGAGAACAAUUCUUGUGGAAUACGCACAGCAUAACACAGUUGCCGGUGCUACACCUUACUUGAGGGGGUGGAAAAAUGCCUGGAUAUCCUCUGCUGUUCUGAUUUCACUUCCUUCUUUGCUCCAUGUUCAGACAGGCCUCCUGUGUUCGGAGAGCCACUGCGAGCCUAGGGGCUGAUGGGCUGCUGACACAAGUACAGAACUCACUGGAGAGCUCAGUUUCUACCAAAACAUGGGAGUGCCCCAUUUUUUUGUACUAACAUUCCUAAAAAGCUAACCCACCUAUAUUUGCUCAUUGAAAACAAAUCUCUGAGGGCAGAUUUUCCUGUGUUUAUGUCACAAGAACUGAGUUUGCAUCUGUGAUUCAGCAGCUAUGUAAUAUUACUUAUCCCUUCUUCUUUGAGGAGGCACCACAACUAAGAAGCAGCAUAUGGGAUUUUUUUUUUUGUAUGUUUUUGCUCCAUUGCCAUGUCAGCACUCAUCAAACUAGACACACAGAGGCCUCAUCCAAGGGUGAGCGUGUGGUUUCUGAUUUCAGCACUGCUUUUUAUCUGUGUUCCAGUCAGUUUGCUCAUCCGGGUAUUAGGGAUGUUAGGGACAGGGCUUUGUCUUGAGUGCAGCAGCUGUAAAUGCUGAGCACAGGACAACAGGAAUGCAGAGAGCUGGGAGUGUCUGAGGGUUAAGGAAGUCUCUUUGGAGGAAUGAAACUGGGAAGCUGGACUGCAAGGGCAAGACUGCUGUCCAAGCUUCUGCCCUAAUGAAGAGAAAAAUAUGUAAUUAAAUCCAGUCUUCUGGCUCCUUUUGCUGUUUAUUGUCUCUUCUGCUCACUUAGUUUGCAGGCUGUCAGACAGCUAAUCUCGUUUCCCUCCUGGUCACGUGAGCUCCACUGUCAACAAAAGCAGCAGGAAUGUGUGAGUAAAGGGCAAGAUGGGAGCCUGAGGUUGAUUCUUCACCGAGUUACUUUGAGAUCUUUGUUUUCCCACUUAAAGAGUAUUUUGUGUAAGAAAGACCAUGCUAAUUCUGGAAUUUUCUUUGUAAGUUCCUUGUGUUUAUUAAUAAACUUAAUACAUUAAGUUUAUUAGAAAUGUCACAUUUGGAGAAAAACAUGGAACAUUUGUUAGCAAGGAAAAAGUCACGUUUCAAAACAUAAAACAUUCCAUUUGUUCUCUUUUCUUUCAUUUCUUCUGUAUUCACUUAAAGAGCUAUGGCAAGGAAAACAAGGGAAUGAAGCAAAAAUAAAAGGUUUUAAAUUAAAUGUUAAGAUUACAGUGCUUUAAACUAUGUACUAAGAAAUUUCAACUCGUGCUGAUACUGGUUAGUGAAAGAUCUGAAUAUUAACCUAUUUGCAUUAGCUUAUAGGUUCAAUCUGAAUGGUUUAGUGUUAUCUCUGAAGACAGCGUAACGGAUGACUUAUUGCACUGUUUUGACUCUGAUGAGUUCAGCAACAAUAAAAUGCUGGGGUUCUUUGGAUUGCUAUGCUAAAAUGUUUCACCAGAAAAUACAGCCUAUGUUAAUAAGUAUCACCUCCGGAAGCAGCUGACAUGGAAUCACAUCCUCCCAAGACAAGCUCAGUGGGAGGGCAUUUUUCUUACAGUGCAGCCGCAGGUAAAUCAGACUAAUUUUGCUGCUUUCUGUGGCUGCCUAUUCUGCUUGACUCCACUAUACUUCUACUAGAGAUGGCCUUGAGAAUAGAAGCCCAGCCAUAAAGAAAAAAGAUUCCCUUUUCUGUUCUUUCUCACAUUUGUGAGGCAGGCACUUCCAGACCUACUUAGCUCUGAGCUGCCUCCUGCAACUCUGACCAAAUGCUCUUGGCUCCAUGACAGCAGCGGUGAGGGUAUUUCCACUGAAGGUGAUUGGGAGGGUCAGCCUAAUGGCUGGGAAAGAGCUGGCGCUGCCAGCUUGGUGGCACAUGGGAAGCCACAGCACAUGACACUUCUGGCAUUGCUGCUUAGAAAUACUGAGGUGCUGGUGGGGCUUUCAUCAGUUCUUUUCUCAGCUGCUUGCUGGGCUAGAGAGCGCAUAAUUCAUUAUGGUACAUCGGUUCCAGUUAGUUUGCUUGUACAUGUUCAAAUGCCGUGUGGCUGCCUCUUAAUUAGCCAGGGAGUUAUGAGAACCUUGAGAACCACUAAUGGUAGCAGCUGAUGCCUCUAUGCCUCACUCGAGAUGUCUUCUGAGAGCUGUAAUUCUCUCAUGCUCUCAGCACUAAUCUGCUUAGAGUUCCUGUUGGAGAUUUUGAGCACUGGUCAGACAGAAUCUGCUUGGGCUACAUUUCCCUACUUACAGUAAGAUUCAAACACAGCACAGAGACAUAAUUUUUUUAAACCACAGAAAAAGAACUUGGGUCUUUUAGAUAACAUGAAAAUAAUAAAUUUGGUGGAAAAUGGCUUGUGUGUUCAUACAUGAUGAAGUAAGAAAAGUAUGAAAAACCCUUCAUCUUUUGAGUUUGAUUCUCAAGUUAGCCAAGUUAAUGCUUCCUGAGAAGAAAGGUUGUCCUUGACGGUUUCUAUCCCUCGAAGAUUCUCCUUUUUUUGAAGGCCCUUUCUGUGCCCUUUGUUGGCAGUUCAUUCUCCAAAGAAUUCCAGGCUCACCUCCCUGCUUUCCUAGGCUGGUUGAAACAGUUCUUUGGGUCCGGGUCCCCAUAAUAGCUCUCCAAUAGUCACUUCUUGCAUGACAAUGUCUCAGGUGAUGUCGUAUUGCUGAAGGGUACUGGAGAAGGCAGGAAGGUCUGUAAAAGCUUCUAUAUGGUUUAUCACAGAUAACAUAGCAUACACCUAGACUGAUUUGCUUGAUUACUGCCAUGCAUUAGCAAGCUAAAAUUGAUCAUGUUUCCUGGGCUGGUCCUGGAAAUGAUUUUUUUUUCCCCCAGAGCUAUUUUUACAGUGUUUUGAAUUUUAUUUUGUUACUGAUAUUCCUCUACUGCAGCAAUGUAACACAUUUUCUUUGAUUUAUUCCUGUGCUCAGGCUGCUAUUAGUUCUGAAACAGAAGCUUGCUACCUUGAGUACAGGUGAGCCUAUAUUGUGGAUCUUAGUCUCUGUAUUUCAGUUCCUUCAAAGGAGAAGAAUAUAACUAAGUGCUCCAGUCAAGGUUCCAGGUUAAGCAAUUCUGUGAUAUGUGCUAGAAUGCUGCACUCCUGCUUUUAAAUAUGAUAAUUUUAUACUGCAAAUGAAAUAAUAAAAAGGAUUUAUUUUCUUAGGUGGUGUGGACUUAGUAUCUAUACCUAGUUACUUGCCAGGUGUUUUGUGCAAUACACCUUGUUCUUGCAUUAAGGGGUCAGGCAGGGGAAGACAGACCCAAGCUACAGCAAGAUGUAUUGGUAUUCAAUUCCUGAAUUACUCCAGCUGAUUAAAAGAGAAAAUUCGAUCAGUACUUUAUAUUGAAAGUAAUCAGGACAGAGAUAUUCAAGACAGAUAUGAUCUUUCAAAAGACUGUAGUACUGAUAUAUAGUAUUCUGAACCAAAUCUGAGUGUGCUGCAGGGAGUAAAGAAAAGCUGAAGUGCUGACAAGUCAGUAAAAGCACUGUAUUGAGAGUAAGAUCCAGUGUCCAAGUUAAAUAGUACGUUAAGUCACAUGUAAUAGAUUGUGAACUGUCAAGAGAAGAGCUGGGCCCCUCACAGUGCAGAAAGCUGUCUAAAUGAGAGCAGCUGUGUGGUUAAAUUCUUCUCCCAUACUCUGGCACUAAAUUGUUAGCUGAUCUUUAUCAGAUUUAACAAAAGAAAUCCCCCAGAAGUUAGAUAAGGGCUGGGAAAUGUCAGCCAAGGGGUAUUUUCUGUCAGUUUGCUAAAUCAACAGCUUAAAUCAAGUGGAGUUAUUCAUUGCUGAAAUGCAACAAGACCCUUCUUCUGCUGGGCUUUUCUAUUUCAUGAUGCUCCUGUUUACCCUACCCCCAGCUGACUGCAGUUCUACAAAGUCUCUCUUGCUCCAGUUAAGGAAAUUUAAUAAGGCAAAAACAGUGAUAAGUGCAGAUCAUGCAAUUAAGUCUAUAAAUAGUUACAUAUAAUGUGUAAUAAUAUGUAAUUCUAUUUAUUCUGUGGAAAAACACAGUAUCCUGGAAAUAGGUUUCUCUAGAGAGCAAUGGCAAUUUUAAACAGCAGAAACCAAGCCAAAAUGAUCCAUGUGGCAUUACAGCCACAUUCCCGGGGAAAGCCUGGGCCUAGUUAAACCACAGUGCAGAAUGCAUCCCGCAGGCAAUCACGAGUUGCUUAUCUUAUUUCACAGCUGGAUGAAUGCUGUUCAGCACAGUUUUCAAUUAUAGAGAUGCUGCAGCAAAAGUUGAGGAAUGUUAAGUUGUAUGUGAGACGUAUAGAUGCCAGUCAAGUUGUCUUUAAGUCUUAAUGUGGUGUAGCUGGAUGUUAGGGAUGUCCCUGUGUGCACACUCAGUGCCCUGAAGUCAUUACCUCCCGCUGGUCCAGGAACUAAUCAGCCCGUCCCUGCUCAGAUGAGGCAAAGCUGGGGAGAGACCCAUGCUUGCAGGAGGGCUUCAGGUGGGAAUUUCAGACAGUCCUGAAGACUCUUCCCAGACAGCAGCUGCAGGGCCAAGACAAAAUCCUAUGCCUGAAUUUGUCACUUAACAUCCUGGGUGAGAACGUGGUCCUUCCACAGGCUCCUGGUGGUUACUGCUGCAGGGCUGACCAAACUGUAUGCAGAUAGGAUGCUAGUAACUGAUCCACAGGAAUGGUUUUUGCAGAAGCACGAAUGAUCACAUAGGACACACGCAUUGUACAUAGUUAAUAUGAUGUUUUACAUGUAGUUUUAAAUCGUCUAUAACAAUGGAUGAUGCAUGUGCCAAAGCAGUGCCACGGGAUCCCCCAGCACAACCAGGCUAUGAAAACUGAGCGGAGAAGCAGGAGAGUCCCAGUGGACCCCGCUGAAAACAUCAUUGCAAGAAAGGAUGCUCACAAGGGGAACUCCUCAGCAGCAAAGAACCAUCUUGUUUGGGAGAUCUGAACAGUGCAGUGUGCUGAGGUCCCAACCAUUUUUUUUUAAUGCCGUCCAUGUAUUUGUGCAACAACACUCAGUCAAAAAGCAAAUAAUUAUUUCCAUUGAAGAUCAGCUGCACUUAACAAUUAAUUUUGUCCAGGUAAGUCCAAUGGUUUUCAAAAUGAAUUAGUUAGCCCUGCUAGAACCGAUCUGUUCAGUACAAGUUGUAACAGAAAAUUCAAUGCUCUCUCUUGCUUGAAAUAUCAGAGAGGACCAAAUGUUAGCAGCUGUUUAUGCAGUGCCAGAUUUUACUGACAUACAGUCAACUUGGAAGCACAUGGCUUGCCAUUUUGGGUGUAGUAGUAUUACCAUAAAUCUAACAACAGACUAUAAUUCAAUUACGUUGCAAUUUAGUACUACUAACUGUCCUGCCAAAUAGUGCACUUAACACUGGUAUUCACAACUGUUCCUCUGCUAUAAAAACUAUAUAUGUAAUGUGAGCUGCAGGAGUUGGGGAGCAAAGAAUUUCACCAUAUGCCUUUUUUGACAAGACUAACAUUUUUAUCUCUCUGUUACAGCCACAAGAUAAUGGAGUCAUUAUGUAGAUUCUCUCUAAGAAGUAUAUUUAUUCCCUAAACAUUAAGUUUGUGGUCACGUGAGUAUUGUGCAAUGAAAAGCAAAUUAAAAUCAGCUUCUACAUACCACCGUCCUUAGCAAAGAUACUGAACUGAUCUGAAAUAUACCCCUAGGCUCUCUCUUUGCACUGUGGGUGCAAAUCUUAGUUCCGUGACAGCAGGAGCCCACAUCAAUUGAGAGGAAUGGCUUAUUUUAAUUGUCCCAGUAGUGUUCAGCUAAUCAUGUCUGAAUUUAUUAAGACCGUUUAAUAGACAGUUUAAUAACAGGGUAUGCCUGAAAGUUAAGUUGGGUCAUUGUAUUUAUAGUAAAAUUGCAAAACCUCAAGUAUAUCAAUUUGUCUCUAUACUGCAUUGUUCUAAUCCCUGAAAAUAUCUGAUGAAAUGUGUAUUUGCAGGACUGAAGCUAAUCUGUUUAUGAUAUUUAUUACUUCUAACUAUUAAGAUCUCUAUGAGUUCUGUUUCAGUGAAGAUUAUUUAUAGAAUGGUGGUUAUUUGAUUGAGACGAGGAAGAUUUUCACCCGCAAGAUUCUAUUUUAUUUGACCUUGAAAAAUAACUUGUGGAGCCUUUUCUCUAUAAAAUGGCAUUAUUAAUACUUCCCAUUUUAAGAAAGGAAUUGAUUUAUUAAAAACUGAACAUCCUCACAAGGAUGGCACACAUUCAGGUCUGUUCCAUGUGGGUAUUUAAUCAUAGCACCUCUUCUAACAAAGUUCUAGAGCUCAUAUAUAUGUUCUUGCAUUACUUCAAUGAAGCCUUAAUAUCAAAUCAACAUGUUUUUAAGCUGGUCCUGUAAAUGAAAACUAGAGGACCUUCUUCCUCCCUGGGAUAUCAGUUGUGCCCCUCAAUUCCUUCUCUGCUGUACCAGCACAAGAACGUGGUCAUGUGCUCGGUGACCCAGGCUGAUCUAGCUGAAAAACAAACUUUAAACAGCAUCAGUUCACUACAGGACAGCAUAAAUAUAUUUGUAAACAUAGUUUUCAUUGGAUGUAAGAAUAAGCAUUCAGGAGGAGGGAAGCACAGACUGCUUUUGUGGGAACAACACUGACCUAACUAUUCUCCAAAAUGUAACCUAGAGACAUUUGUGCUUCAGCCAUGCACAAACUAAAACAACCCUACCAAACAAUUUCUUGCUGAGAUAAGAUACCUUUCACCAAAGCAUAUAAGACCAACAAAGCAAAGAAAACAAACAGAGUUACAUUCUAAUCACUUACAGAAGUUAUCAGCUGAAUUAUUUAUGUACAUUGUAACAGGAUGAGCUGGGCGGACUCAGGGUGGUGCAGUAAUGGCAGUAAUACUGUCAUUAAGGCUAUCAACCAAACACACACAGACUUUGUAACUGCUACAUCACUUUUGAGAUUGCUAUAAGUGGUAUUAACGAAAAAUAAGCCAUCUAAAAACAAACAAAUCAGCUUUGUUCAGCUACUGAGUGGAUGGCUCGUUCAGCUGUUCUAACACAUGGGAGGAACUGGAGCAGAGAUGACGAAAAUGGGCCCUGGACAAAGCUGCUGCUGAAAAGGCAUUUGUACAAACCCAGUUCAACAUCCCAGGCAGAGUCUAUGGAGUGAGCAGAAAAGCUCUUGUUGAAAUAAAUGUCAUUUGAAAUGAAUAUGGGAAUUAUGAUAGGAAAAAAAAAUCUGUUUAUAUUCUGAGAUUUUAUUUAUAAUCUUAAUAAAUACUGCUUGUUCCAAGCCCAGGUUCUUGUUAGAACAAUUUUCACAUCUUCUACACUCCAUUUUCUGGGAAUUUACGUCUGCCAAGGGAGUGCUUACCUUAUCAAGAAAAAAACUAAUUCAUUACUGUGUGAGAGAAUUACUGAAGCUGUUCAUAAAUUAUAUUAAUGUUUUUGUCCCCCAGAAGGAUAGAGCAGAGAAGAUGGAUAUAGCCAUGCUUCCAAAGAGCCCUCAGCAAGUUCUUUUAUUUCCUCUUCUCCCAUAACUCUUUGCUCCAGCUGAGAGACAUUUCCUUUGGAAUUACCAUGCUAGAAGCAUUUCAAGGAAAAAUUACAAGCUCUGGCUUGAGCUGUCUUAUGAGAAGUCAUUCUUCACUGCAUACUUAAAAUUACCUGACACUAAGAUGCAAAAAAAUAGCUAGAGGACUUCCACCCUGCCUCAAACAUAAUUCAGUGCAUUUAAUCAAAAAUAUAUGGAAUAUAACAGAAGUUUGAGAAAAAAGAAAAGAGAAUGAAUGAAAACAGCUAUAUAAAGUCAUUCCAAGGGCACUUUUAGCUCAGCAUCUAGCCUGAAAGGGCAGUUAACAUCAGAUGCCUAAGGAAGAAUGUCAGAACAAGGCAAACAAAUAAUGCAUCUUCCUUGGCAAUUGCAUAUGCCUUCUGGCAGUGUGGCUCAGAGACUUUCUGAACUAGAGGUGAUAUCUCACUAUUCAAAACCUGUAAACAGACAUGUUCAUGGAGAAGAAAAAAAAAAACCUAAAAAAUCUUUUUGGACUAAUCUAAACUUAAGUGUCCUUAACAUCCAAAGACAGUUUCACAGCUUAGCUGUACUUUAAGCACCUUAUUUUCUUCUGAGGACUUUUGUUUUUCAUUUCCUACUUGAUAAUUUUGCUCAGUACACUUUAGGUCUUGUAUUAGAAAAGGCAGCCGCUCUGCGUUCAGUUUUUCUGUGUCAUGACUUUCUACAUCUCUGUCAUAUGAUUCAUUAGCUGCAGUUUAUUAAAUUACUCCAAUGUAUGUGAGCAGUUUUGUACCCUUGAUAAUGCUUGUCAUGCGUCUGUGUGCCUCUGCUAUUCCAAGAGCAUGUUUCUAGUGACUUAAGAAUAUGGAAACACAAAAAAGAAGUGUUUCUGAGUAUAAAGAUUUAUGGACUUUAACACAUGGCAAAACUUGGCCUUUGGCCAACUCAUGGAGGCUGAAGAACUCAUGAAUCAUUAUUGUCAUACAUUAAGCUCAAGUAAAACCACCUUGGUUUGCAUAUGGUGCCUUCACUCACACUUUGAUUUUGGUUUUCAAACACUGUCUGAAAACAGAGAAGCAGAAAUGCAAGUGCUGCUGGCAGAAAUCCGAAGAUGACAUAGGCUAAGUGAAGUGCAAGUAAGUCUUCAAUAUAUAGGUUGAAAUUUCAUUUAAGGUGAGGGCAUCUUCCAAUCUAAAACUGCCAGAUCUCUCACAAAGCCAUCCUGGUGUGAUAAACAUCAGCUUUGAAGGCCAAUAGCCCAUCUUAGAACCAAGGGACAAGAUUCGUUCCCUAAGUCACUCAAGUUACUAGCAGUUAGCCUGUUUCCCUCUGAACAGUUUUCUGGAACUACUCAUCUCUUACUGCAGGGGAUUUUAGGAGAUUAAUUUCCACAGUAAGGUGUAAUAGAUGUCUGAAGAUAGAUGGAGUGGCAAAGUCAAAUUCUGUGAAGAAUGUUCAUCUUACUCCUCCUAAAGGCUCAAGUGCAUUUUCAAAGGCUCAAACAGUGAAGAGCUGCUCCCUCUACAUUCAAACUGAUUUCAUAAUGACAUCUUGAUGCAAAACUGACUGGUCUAAAUGCCACCUAAUUUGUGAAAGAGGGUCAGAAGCAAUGGGCAUCACUGCUGACCGAAAUGGUCAGAGCCACUCUUGGAGGAAGUGACAAAGAUGAUUAAGGGGCUGAAGCAUCUCGUGUGUGGGAAAGGCUCAGACACCUGGGGCUGUUCAGCAUGGAGAAGGCUGAGAGGGGAAUCUUAUCAACGCUUAUAAAUAUUUAAAGGAUGGGAGUCAAAUGGUUGUGGCCAGGCUGUUUUCAGUGGUGCCCAGUGACAGAACAAGAGGCGAUGGGCACAAAGUGGAACACAGAAAGUUCCAUCCGUGAGGGCGACAGAGCACUGGAACAGGCUGCCCAGAGGAGCGGUGGAGACUCCUUUGCUGGAGACAUUCAAGGCCCGCCUGGACACCUUCCUGGAGGUCCUACUGUAGGAACCUGCUUUAUCAGGACUCUAUGAUCUCCAGAGGUCCUUUCCAACCCCAGCAAUUCUGUAAUUCUGUGAACAUUUCCUCUCUAUGUGAUGCAGUCAUUCAGCACUAAGAAACCUACACUGGUACCUUGGCUACCUACUGCCCAGUAUCGAACUUCCUUUUCCUUUUCCUGAUCCGGUAGAGAAGUUAACAAAGCUCAGCCGCUGAAAGCUGAACCCACAGUCAGACAGACCCCAAGGGCCGAGCUGUGAGAGGCGGCCCGCGCCCUCAGCCCCGCCCGCCCCGACACGCGCAGUGCCCGCCCUCCGCGCCAGCUGGGCGUGCGCGGGGCUAUGGGAGCGCAGCGGCUGCGGGCGCUGUGGCUGCUGGGCCUGGCGUUGCUCUGGGGUCGCGCCGGGAUGGCCGAGGGGCUCCUCGCCACCACGGCUCCGCCGGCACCGGCGCAGGCAUGUUCAGAGUUUUCCCAGAGGUCCUGUGAAGAAUGUUUAAAAAAUGUUUCGUGCCUUUGGUGUUUCACCAACAACACUUGUAUUGAUUAUCCUGUAAGAAGCAUUCUUCCACCGUCUUCGUUAUGUUCACUCUCAAAUGCUCGAUGGGGAGUUUGCUGGAUAAACUUUGAGGCUUUAAUUAUUGCCAUAGCUGUAGUAGCUGGAAUCAUUCUGGUGUCCAUAGCAGUCUGUUGCUGUUACUGCUGUUACUGCAGAAGGCGUUUCAAGGGUAGACCAGAUGAAGAAGAAGAACAGCUAGCUAGAAAGAGAGAGGAACGAAGACUGCAGUCUCUUCAGAGGAAACAUGAAAGAAAACAGAAGCAUGAUGAAAUACGUAAGAAGUAUGGUCUUCUCCAGGAAUCUGAUAACCCGUACAGCAGAUUUGAGAAUGAAUAAAGCUGUGCACCUUCUUCUGGAGAUGUAGUUCCAGAAUACAGAAAGAUUGUGGGUGUAUGGUUGUUUUCUUUGUUGCUUAUUUUCAUUUGCUCUUUGAGGUCGUCUUUUUUUUUCCAAAGGUGGUUCCCCACCUCUCCCCACUGGUUGAAAAACUAGGUGUUGGUGAAGACUUCAUGAGCUACAUGUCUCUAUCUUUUAUCUGUAUAGAACUGUUUUUCUUACAAAUGGUUUUUGGUUGUAGAAAUGUUUGCUGAUUGUAUUUCCAUGUGUGAAAUAUUACCUUUCCUCCUCUUAAAACUCUUUUGUUACAUGAUUUAGAUGGCUAACAGUCACAAUCAUGUACUUAAAUUCAGCAUCAACUGCCACCUAAGCCAUUGCUCCUGUUUUCCUAAAUAAAGAUUUUUCUUUAUUGUAUCUGUUGUAUAAAAAUAAAAGGCAGCAAGGAAGAACAGCUUCAUGCAGCAGAAAUAGCUGGUGUUGGAACUGAGGUAGGUGGAACUACAGCAGACGUAUUCUUAUGUACCACCAAAGCAUAAGAACAGUUUUGUUUGUUUUUUUUUCCCUUUGGAAAAAGGUCUUCAAGACUUGUGUCUAAGGGUUUAAUGAGGGGAGCGUAUUUUUUUUUGUAUAAUUAGGUGCAGUCAUGGAAAUCACUUGAUUUUGAAAAAGAAAUUACUUCAGUUAGCAAAAUUGACAGAAGAUCAUUCUUGAAAUGAAUGUAGAAGGUCACUAGGUGUGUAUGUACCUACAUUUAAGAAGAAACACCAGCCUCUGUGAACACUUUCCUUUUGUAUGCUUUUUGUAAGUUGCCAACAUUCUGUAGUUUGUAAUGGAGUGUGGUGAUUUGAACCCAGCCAGCAGCUAAACACUGCUCACUUGCUUGCUUCCCUUCCUGUGGUGCAUGAGGGAGAGGAAAGGAACAGCACAAGUGAGAAAACCUACGGGUCAAAAUCAUGACAGUUUAAUAAGUGAAGGAAACAGAAGGAGGGAGGAGGAAAAAAAAAGUGAUGCAAAGGCAGUCACCACCUCCCAGAAGCAGUCUGUGUAGUGGCUAACUCCCACCAAAACACAUUCCCCUCAGUUUUUAUUGCUGAGCGUGAUGUCAUAUAGCAUGGACUGUCCCUUUGGUCAGUUUGCGUCUGCUGUCCCAACACUUCUGUCUCUUUCCACCUCCUUGCACAGCCUGAGCCUGUUUGCUGGUGGGGGCGGGCUGGGGGAAAAAAGAAACCCUGACACUUUGCAAAGGCCAAAGCGCUGAUGUAUUAUCAGCUCUGCUUUGGCCACAAAUACAAAAUACUGCACCAUGCAGACUGUACUAUGAAGAAUGUUAAAUCCGUCUCAGCCAGACCCGGUGUACUAAGUAUUUUUUAACCUUUUGUUCAUCUUCAUAAUGUGAUUUAUUUCCUCUCUUUUCCUAGAGGUGUUUCAUUGGGCAUUUUUACUUGCUUACCAGUAUGAUGCAGCAAGCAAUGACCUUGUUAACUAACAGCAUAACUAACGUCCCUUUCUGUGUGUUAUCAAAAAAUGUACAGUAUUGAAGAUAUUUUUUAUCAAUGUUCUUAAAAUAAAGACUAACAUCUUUAAUUUGA